GGCUACAAGUGUCGUGAAAACCCAGGGGGAUUUAAAUAGGAGUGACCUACGGGUAGAGAGAGAGAUCAGUCAGAGCUGUCGUGUGAACAUGUCUGAGCCUAUUAGAGUUCUGGUGACCGGGGCUGCAGGGCAGAUCGCCUAUUCCCUGUUGUUCAGCAUUGCCAAGGGAGAUGUCUUCGGCAAAGAUCAGCCAGUCGUCUUGAUCCUCUUGGACAUCACGCCCAUGUUGCCCGUCCUGGAUGGCGUUGUCAUGGAGCUGCAGGACUGUGCCCUCCCACUUCUGAGAGACAUCAUCCCCACCGACAAGGAGGAUGUGGCCUUCAAGGACCUGGACGCUGCCAUCUUGGUGGGCUCAAUGCCCAGGAGGGAGGGCAUGGAGAGGAAGGACCUGCUCAAAGCCAACGUGGCCAUCUUCAAGAGUCAGGGCGCCGCUCUGGAGAAGUUCGCCAAGAAGACCGUCAAGGUGCUGGUUGUAGGAAACCCUGCCAACACCAACUGUCUGAUUGCAGCCAAGUCUGCUCCCUCCAUCCCCAAAGAGAACUUCUCCUGCCUCACCCGUCUGGACCACAACAGGGCUCGCUCUCAGGUGGCGAUGCGCUGUGGCGUUCCUGCCACCAACGUGAAGAACGUGAUCAUCUGGGGAAACCACUCGUCCACCCAGUACCCAGACGUGCACCACUGCCUGGUCAACAUGUCCGGUGGCGAGCUCGCCUGCUUUGAGGCGAUCAAGGACGACGCCUGGCUCAAAGGAGAUUUCAUUGCCACUGUGCAGCAGAGAGGAGCUGCAGUCAUCAAGGCCAGGAAGCUGUCCAGCGCCAUGUCUGCAGCCAAAGCCAUCUGUGACCACAUGAGGGACAUCUGGUCCGGCACCCCCGAGGGUGAGUUCAUCUCCAUGGGUGUUUACUCCUCUGGCAACUCCUAUGGAGUCCCAGAAGACCUCAUCUACUCAUUCCCUGUCCAGAUCAAGGACAAGACCUGGAAGAUUGUAGAUGGCCUGUCCAUCAACGACUUUUCCAAAUCAAAGAUGGACGCCACGGCAGCGGAGCUGAUUGAGGAGAGAGACACAGCUGUGACUUUCCUGGGAGUAUGACUAGACCCUGAGACGCCACCCAACCAACACUUAGACGGACGCGAAACUCCAGACGCACGCUUGUGAUAAAGCACUCCACCAAUCCCUGUGUGUGUGUGUGUGUGACAGAGAGAGUGAGUCAGUGUUUAUGAGUGUCAAGUUAGAUUCAUACUUGUGCGUUGAGAGGCUUCGCUGUAAAACUAUUCCUAUGCACAUAGUGGUUUGUUUACUCUGGCUAUAAAUGAUCCCACAGCAUCAGUCUCCUUUUCAGCAGACACCAGAGACUCCCACAGCUGUAUGACGCACAAGUAUUACUCCACCCUUAAGUGUACAGUGUAAACUGAAAGUCCACCUAAUUUGUUACCAGCUAUUUUCCAUUACUUCUUUCUCUGGAGGUGAGUGAAACUUGAUGGUUGUUACAUAUAAAGUCAACGAUGCACUGAGACCUCAAACACUGGAAUUGCUGACUUUUAAAGCUGAAUAAUAAAACAUUAAACAG